AUGGGAAAUAAAAAGCUUCAUAAGGAAAACAGCCCGGAAUCAGAAAUCUUAUACGAAUCUAGUUCGGAAUCAGAAUCAAAAUCGGAAUCGAAAAUAGAAUUAAACCCGGAAGGCACUCAAAUUCUUGAUUCUGAUUCUAGGCCAAGAGAUGACAAGAAAAGAAAAAGGUCAAAUGAACGACGAUACCAAUAUGUAUCUGAAAUGACCAAAGAUUUGAGAGAAGCAUUAAGGAGAGAUCUAUUCUGGAAUCUGGCAAGAAUGCCUCAGGAAACUCAAUUAGAUAUCGAAAAAACGUUUGAGUUUCAAAAGGAUCUUGUAGUUAAAACGAUUGUGCCAAAUUUAAUGAAAACAUUGGAUCUUGACACCUACCCCAUAGGGGAAGGUGUUAUAUACGAGAUGAUUUAUCAGCGGCACCGCCACAAAAGGGACAAUCUUCGGGUCAAAAAUAAAUCAGAAAAUGAUAUAAAUAAAGAAACAGGACGGAAACACCAAAAUUUACGACGAUCUGAGAAAAGAAAAAAAAGAUCAAAGACCAUCAACAAUUUAAGAAACCUUAAUGAUCCGUUGAUUCAAAAGUUCAGUAACGAAGAAUUGCGGCCAAUAAUCACAGAAAAUGGAUAUCAUAGCCUGGAAAUUUCAGAAAGCGAGGAUGGGCAAAACAUAAUCGUCGUGUGUAACCUGCAAUGGUGCUCCAGUACUCUGCGCAGAUUUUUGUACUAUGUUGACAGUAAUACAACAAAAGGCGACAAAAAGCGUGAACGGAUGUACAAGCCUAGUGAGUACGUUGAAGAAACGGUGCCAAAUAGCACGCCUAGUUGGACGAAAUCAGGCUAUGAUGGGCCAUUAAAAAAUCCAGUUAUCAAGGCGAUUAGUAAAUUACAAAAUAAAUAA